AAUGAACAAAUUUCGCAGCCUUUCCUUUCUAAUCAACCGCCGGUCUACCAAUUGCUCCACCACCACAGCCCAUCUCCCACGGCUAUCAACCAAGGCCACCGGCGGCCGAGACGAAUGGAACGAUGCGUGGGAAACAGCGUGGCUCCCUGAAGAAGUAUCGGCGAAAAAUCGGGCACCAUGGGAAGCAGACGUUAAUUUCUCCAUCUCCGAUGUGGAUCCGGAUACGAAGGCGUUCGUGGAAGAUAUGACUGAAAAUUGGGAGCAGAGAAGGAAAAGGGGCGGGAAUAAGAGCAAUAGAGAGGAGGAAGAAGAACGGCUGAUGAAGUUGAAAGAAGAAGGGAAAUCGUUGUGUAGUUUGGAGAAUGUGAAGAGGGAUUAUAGGGUUAAGAAACAAAGGGUUCAUGCUGGUUUAUGGGUGAAAGAGAUUGAGAAGAUGGAGGAGGCUAAAUUGGGUGAUUCUGGUGCUGAUCUUGACAGAUUUCUCGACACUGCUUCUGAGAUUUUUGACUCGGGAAGCAGUGAUUCGAAAAAACUAACAGAUUCUUCAGAUUUGAAAAAUAAGCCAGAUGGGUGGGAAACAACAUCCAAGUCUCAAGAUGGGAACAUCUGGGAGAUGUCCCAAAGAGAAGAAGACAUUCUUCUUCAAGAAUAUGAACGCCGAAUUGCUUUCAGCAAAUUCCAGAUAGCUAGCUUUAUAAAACAACACAUAUUUAGUCGAAGGAGACCGAUCGAUGGAUGGAAGUACAUGAUUGAAGAAUUGGGACCGAAUGCAAGAAGAGGUAAGGGAAGUGUUUCAAGAUUACCUAGUCUUGCUGAUCCCGCCACUCAACCAUUUAAGGAGGAGAAGAUCCCGAUUGCCACCACUCUUCCGACCAAGGGACGAUAGGGUUCGCGGUGGUUGAGGGCGGCAUAAGGUGGUAGAGAAUGGUGGUUGGUUAUGUGUGUAUAUACAUAUAUACAUAUUCUAUAAUAGUAGUCUCUAUUCUCAUACUAGUGGGAUUCUCAUGUCCCUUGCUCUCAAAAUGAUACAAUCCAUCUCAAAUGUCUGCUCCUACUUCUCUUGCUUCGAACUUUUUAUAGAUCUUCCUCUUCUUAGAAAAUGGU